AUGACCAUGAAAAGUGAGUUUCUGUUACCAUAUUACACAGCCAAGAACGGGUCUGGAAUGAGCAUGUUCAACACGGCCAUGGGCAAGCUACAGCGGCAGCUGUACAAGGGAGAGUAUGACAUUUUCAAGUAUGCCCCGAUCUUUGAGAGUGACUUCAUCCAGAUCACCAAAAGGGGAGAAGUGAUCGACGUGCACAACCGUGUCCGAAUGGUGACCGUGGGUGUCGCGUGCACCAGCCCCGUCCUCCCACUCCCUGAUGUCAUGUUGCUGGCCCACCCCGCCCCGGGCUGCGAAGAGCUCACUAGACGUGGCCAGGCCACCAAGGGCAAAAGCCACAAGGCUGCCAAGACCUUGGAGCUGACCAGGCUCCUACCCUUGAAGUUCGUAAGAAUCUCUGUCCACAAUCACGGACAACAGCAGCUGCGUCUAAAGUUUGCCACAGGCCGCUCUUGCUACCUGCAGCUGUGUCCCCCCGCGGAGGCCCGGGAAGAUCUUUUUGCCUAUUGGGAAAGACUGAUCUACCUCCUGCGACCACCGGUGGAGAGUACCAGCAGCACCUAUGCCAUCCCGGCGGAGGACACCAUGUGCAUGCCCGUGCUGGAUGAGGACCGGAUGAGCCUGGCCCUGACGGAUCCCCAAGGAAGAGAGGAUUCAGACCAGGUCAGUGUCAAGAGCUUCCACCUGGACGCUGACGUGAACAGGGUCGGCUCUGCUGCCUUCACGGGUGGGGAGGAAAUCCCGCAUGGCACCCACAAGUCCACUGCCAGUGUAUCCGUGCCCAUAACAAAAUCUGCAGAGCUUGCCAAAAAUGUAGCAGCAGGGACAACAGUAGAAGCAACAGCGACGGGUGGCGUAGCAGGCGCUCUAAGUGUGACUGUCACCAAGUCUGCAGACUCCGGAGAGGUCAGUGCAGCUAUAGCAGGCGCAGCCGCCACGGGUGCCGCAGGAGGCCGGGGCCGCGUGGCCAUCGCAGGCACCGGCAAGAUGUCCCCACAGGGUACGAAUAUCACCUUGGCAGGUGCUGCAAGCAAGUCCAAGGAGUAUGUUUCUCACACAGCCACCAGCCUGUCCUCAGAAGAUAACACAAAGGCAGCCAUAGCAAGAGUGGGACCUCUCAGCAAGUCUGCUGGGGAGACUGCUCCGUUCCCAGCGCCUCUCAUGUCAGCCCUGCCCAGCGCAAGCUUCCUAGGAGGGGAGGCUGAGCAGCAGACGAGGUCUCGGGGCAGUUCUAGAGCCCAUAAGGACAAGAGGGAGCGGAGAGAGAAGGACAGAGCUGUUGGCAGGAGUUCCUACCAUGCCAGGGCAGGGGAAGGGCACCGUAAGAGAGGAAGGGAAAAGAUGGGCCGGAAAUCCCCAAGCCGCAGAGACACUGGAAACGUUAAGAACAAAGGCAGCCCCCGGGACAGCAGGCGCAGCAGCUCCCACAAAGGCGCUGGUCACAUCCCCAUUGCCAAGGAGCCGUGGAGUGCUUACAAGUGGGGCAGGAGUUUCGCCAAUGCCAGCUCAAGUUCUACAAGCAAGAGACUGGGCAGGAUCAGCUCCUUCCUGCGGAACAUCAGAGCCAACCUUGUUGCUAAAGGCCUGGCCUCCCAGCGCAUCAGGGACAUGGACAUCAUGGCGAAGACAGUGGAGACCACCAACAUGGAGGCCAUCGUGGAGACAGCAGAGAGUGGCCAGGGCCUGGAGAUCGUUGGUUCUGUGACAUCCGAGGUCAUGGAGACUAUGACCUUUGAUGCUCAUGAAAGUCAAACCUAG